CUCAUCCAUCUGGAUCCAUUCCGAACCUCCCUCUCGAGUCCCAACCGGCGCCGCGUCUCCCUCCGUCGAGUCCCCGACAUGGGAAGCAAGAAGAAAUCGAAGCCGAGCAGGAGCAAGAAGAAGGCCAGAACCAGCGCCGACCAGGCCCUAGCCCUAGACUACGUCCGCGCCUGGGCGCAGCCCGCGCCGCCACCUCCAGAACCCUCGGCGGCCGAUGCUGACGCUGACGACUUCCUGCCUGCCCCGGGUGCGCGCAGCGGCGGCGACGUGCUGUUUGAGCUCCACUCCCACUCAAAUCACAGCGACGGGUUCCUCUCCCCUUCCGCGCUCGUCGAGCGCGCCCACCGCAACGGGGUCAAAGUUCUUGCCCUAACAGAUCAUGACACCAUGGCUGGCAUACCGGAAGCUGUUUCAGCAGCUUCCAAAUUCGGCAUGAGAAUAAUUCCUGGAGUUGAAAUCAGUGCGCUAUAUAAUCCAAGGGAAGUUGCUGGUGCUGGUGAGCCUGUCCAUAUCCUUGCAUACUAUGGUACGUGCGGUCCAUCAAGGCCUGAUGAGUUGUACAGCAUGCUAUUGAACAUUAGAGAUGGGAGAUACUUACGUGCAAAGAAUAUGCUGGCAAAAUUAAAUAGACUCAAGGUGCCAAUAAAGUGGGAGCAUUUAACUAAAAUUGCUGGUGAGGGAGUGGCACCUGGUCGAUUGCAUGUAGCAAGGGCUAUGGUUGAAGCAGGUUAUGUAGAGAAUGUAAGGCAAGCAUUCAACAAGUACCUUGCUGAUGAUGGCCCCGCAUAUGCCAGAGGAAGUGAACCAUUUGCUGAGACCGUUGCGCAGUUAAUUAGUCGUACUGGGGGUAUAUCUGCACUUGCUCAUCCUUGGUCAUUGAAGAACCCGGAUGCAAUAAUCAGGUCUUUAAAAGGUGCUGGCCUUAAUGGUAUGGAGAUCUACAGAAGUGAUGGAAAGGUUGAUGGAUUUAGUGAAUUAGCUGAGAAGUAUGGACUGCUGAAACUCGGAGGUUCAGAUUUUCAUGGAAGAGGCAGGAAAGAUGAAUCUGACAUUGGCACGGUCAAGCUUGCUAUUACUACUUUGUGCUGCUUCCUGAAGAUGGCUAGGCCUAUCUGGUCUGCUGCUAUGAAGGACAUCCUUCUUAAGUUUGCAGAGGAUCCAUCUUCUGCAAAUCUACGAAACAUUCUCAAGUUUGGACGACUUACCAAUGUUGAUGGUUUUUCUCCAAUAAGUGCUGGUAUUGAUGUUGUUAAUUUCUGCCUAUCUUCAUGGUCAAGCAAUGAUGAGUUGGAAGAUGUUGAGCUUGAGGAGGUAAGACUUAAGCUUGCUCAUUAUGCAACAGAAAGAUGACAUCGACUACAUAGCCAUCUUGAGCAAUGUUUUCUGCCUAGUUCAGACUGCAGUAUGCGCUUUUGCAAAUCAGUGAAUCACUAUGUUUCGCUAUUCCCCUCUUUUGCAUCCCAUUAGAGCUAAUAUGUUUGAUUAUAGUUGAUGACCUUGUUGAAAGUAGAUAUGUUGAAUCUGGUAACCUUUGAUGUUUAAUCAAGAAUGUAUAUUUUCUCUGUGAUAAUUUAAGCGCGCAACAUUGAACUGAUGUUCAUAGAAUCAGAGCAUAUCAGCGUAUUAAUAAACUGUUUAUUAAAUGAUUUAUCGUCA